GUCAUUUGUCUAUCUGGCUAUAUAUAUAAAAAAAAUAUCUCCCAAAUUCUACCACAGGCAGGCUUUCCAAUUCGAGCGCGUAUACGAUCUACCCAUCCCUAUUACAACUACACAUACGUUUUAUUUGAAAGUAGCUGGUGCUGCUGGUGGUAAGCUGUUCGUCUGGGUGAGGACAAUAAGGUAACUAACGGCUUUCUUCCAAAGCCAAUCCAUAAUAAAAUUCAUCAAAAUCGCUGCAGCAGUUAGCAAGAGUUACAUUACACAGAUACCUACGCAAGUAAGCAAAAUUCGACAAGCGAAUCCAGGGGAACUAAUAAAGUUCACAGGUACCGUACAAGAUUUUGCUACUCGAGCAUUUGAAAUCCUGCAGAUAUAUCGAUCUUAUCUAGCAAUGCGGGCGAGAUAUGUGUCGAUAGGCCAACGAGAUAAAUAGUUAGGCGAUCUGUGCGCGCGCGCAGUGACCCCGCGUGGCGACAUGAAGGUGCUACUGCUGUUGGCAGGUUUGACUAUGGCGGUAGGCGCCGUACCCAAGCCCAAUGCGCCUACGACGAGAGACGUCUACGUGGAAAAGCGCAAAGAUGGAGGCUUCGACCUUGUCGUGGUCACAACUGACCAUGGACCUAUGGUACUUCCCUGGGUGCUGGGUAACCUCGGCCGAAAAUCUCCCGUCGACGACCCCGAGGUGACCUUCAACAUGAACGCGAGCUUCGACCAUCCCAGCGGUGGGUGGAAGGUCUCCAUACACUGGCAAGGACCCGCUGACAAAGUAUUUGAAGACUGCAUGGGAUUCAGAAAUAGAGAGUGGUAUGGAGGACCAGAGCAGAAGCAACAGUAUUGGCCGCUACAGAACAGCAAACUCGACAAAUACUCCGUCAUCUCCAAGGAGGACGACAACGCCGCCGUCUCCGAGAGAUACUGGCUCAACUCCGGAGGUUUCUACUUCUACGUCCACCCUGAGGUGCCACUGUUCGUAGACUACAACACGGUGCUCGACGAUCACAUAUGUUUCAUCGCAGAAGUCGCAGCUCCUUACUCCAGCAGGCGCACCCACAACGAACUCAAAUACGACGUCUGGUUCUUCGACAAUGCAAAGAUAGCACACCAACAUGCUGUAGACACUUACUUGGGCAGACCUACUGGUUUACCGGACUACAGAAUGAUCCAAUAUCCAGUUUGGUCCACUUGGGCGAGAUAUUCCCGUGAAAUCGACCAGGAUAGCCUCUGGGCUUUUGCUAAUGAAAUAAACGACAGCGGAUUCCCUAAUGCUCAAUUCGAAAUCGACGAUCUGUGGGAGAUUUGUUACGGCUCUUUGACAGUAGACGAGAGGAAGUUGCCAGACUUCAAGAAGCUGAUCCAAGACAUUAAGGGUUUGGGCUUCAGAGUAUCCAUCUGGGUUCACCCGUUUAUCAACAAGGACUGCGAACCUUGGUACUCAUUUGCAUUGGAGAAGGGAUAUCUAGUCCUCAACGAGGAAGGCAGCCCGGACACGUCGUGGUGGAACAACAACGGCUCAGUGCCCGGGUACAUCGACUUCACCAACCCCGAGGCGGCCGACUGGUUCAGCUCGAGGGUCACUGAACUUAUCCAGACAUACGACAUCGACAGCGUCAAGUUCGACGCGGGAGAAUCGAGCUGGUCGCCUCAGAUUCCAGUGCAGAAUGGUCCCAUCGAAUUACACCCUGGAAACAUUGUGGAGGCUUACGUAAGGACCGUAGCUAAAUUUGGCCCCAUGAUCGAAGUGAGAUCCGGAAUGAGAACCCAAGACCUUCCGGUGUUCAUUCGUAUGGUCGACAAAGACACAUUAUGGGAUUUCAACAACGGACUAGCGACCCUGGUCACAACGUUGCUGGCUAUGAACUUGAAUGGUUACACGCUGGUGCUGCCCGACAUGAUCGGCGGAAACGGAUACAAUGAGAAGCCCAGCAAGGAGUUGUUCGUGAGGUGGCUCCAAGCUAACGUGUUCAUGCCGACGCUGCAAUACUCCUUUGUGCCUUGGGACCACGACGAAGAGGCUGUCGAGAUCAGCAGGAAGUUCACACAUCUGCACGCCGACUACGCCGAUGAAAUAGUCGCCGCCAUGACAGCGUCUAUAGAGAAGGGCACGCCCGUUAACCCACCGAUAUGGUGGCUCGACCCCACUGAUGACGUCGCACUCGCUGUAUGGGAUGAGUUCCUACUCGGCGAGAAGAUCCUCUCAGCCCCAGUGAUGGAGGAAGGCGCCGUGUCCCGAGACGUUUACUUGCCCAUCGGCACGUGGCUGGACGGCAACACCGGCAACAGUAUCCAAGGCCCGAUCUGGUUGUACGACUAUCCCGCACCGCUGGAUACGCUGCCAUACUUCAUACUCCAAGACUAGGCACCAAUCACCAAUAUUUUAUACUCCUAACACUCUGAUAAUUUUAAGGUGGAAUUAGGGGAAACCAACCAAUCAUUGGCACUCGUCCUAUUAUUGGCACUUUUGAGUUUAAUUCGAAUAAAACAAGGAGACAAUAGAUUAUUCAAGGUCGUUACAUAUUAAAAAGAAAAAGCUAGUAUGGUUUCGAAA